UGCUUUCAGUGGGGAGCCUCAUCGGAUGGAGAUUUCGACACCAAGGUCUCCCUUCCCACCCUGAGCCUGCCCACUGGGGAAUUCCAGCAGCUGGCUCAGAGGAAGGGAGAGGGGAAGGCAAGUGAGGGGGAGGAGGCAGGGUCACCACGGCCCCAUACCCUGCAGCUUAAGGACAGAAACUGCACCCAGAAAGGAAUCUGACCUGUGGGCCUGGAUUCUGGGGCCCCAGAGGAGCCCGGGCCCAGGACUCGGAGAGCGAGAGGGAGGAAGUUCGGACAGUGCCCGGCAUGUGGGGUUACCUGUCCAUGUUGCCUGCCUUCCUGGCUCUUUGGGCUAUCGCUGGAGUCUGGACCGUUUUUGCUGUUGCAGUGACCAACAGGUCUGUGAACCUCACCGAAGGUUUCCCCUAUAUCAGCCUCUGUGGAUCUUACCCGCCUCAGAGCUGCAUCUUCAGCCAGCUGCUCAACACGGGGGCUGUUAUGGCCUCCUGGAUCUGCAUUAUCCGUUACCACCAGCUCCGGGACUGGGGAGUCGGAAAAUGGCUUAACCAGCUGAUCAUGUGGACGGGGCUCCUGUGUGCCCUGGGCACCUCGGUGGUGGGCAAUUUCCAGCAAAAGAACCAGCUGCCCACGCACCUGGUAGGGGCCUUCUUUGCCUUAUUCGCGGGCAACUUCUACUUCUGGCUGCAGCUUUAUCUCUGCUGGCGGAUGAAGAGCCUGCCCCAGCCUGGGGCCCCCUGGAUCGGGCCCCUCCGCCUGGGCCUCUGCAGCCUCUGCACCAUCCUCAUGGUGGCCAUGGUGAUCCUCCACUCCUGGCCGAUGCGCUCGGCCUCCGCUGCCUGCGAGUGGGCCAUCGCCAUGCUGCUGUUCACGCUCUUCGGCCUGUUUGCCGUGGAUUUUUCCUGCCUGGAUGGCUGCACCCUGUGUCUCCAGCCAGGCCCCAGCCUCAGCCCCCCGCCGGCCUCCCCCAUCUCCCUGCAGAUCACCCUGUGAAUGGGCAGUCCGGUCGGUGUGGUCAGGGCCACCCAGGAAGUGAGAGGCCAAGGCCAGCCAGCCAUCCCUGCUCAAGGCUAUUUAUUAUUAUUAUUAUUAAUUU